AUGAGCGCGUUUAACGCUGGAUGGAGUGCCUGGGGCGGUGGCGGCUCGAGCGCGUCGAGGAAACGGCCAGACGGCAGUGGAGCGGGACCGGGCCAAGGAAAGUGGGCCAGCAGAGGGGAUGUCAUGCGGGCGUGGUUGGAGCAGCAAGACGAAGUGGGUGUUGGGAGGGAGGUUGAGAAUCAUCCAGUGCGAGUGGCCUCCAACGAGGUGAAGCGGUGGGAGUGUGACGUGUCGUGUGAGUUUGUGAGAGACGACGCGGAUGCCAGUCUGACGUACUCAGUGCUGCUCUCUCCCUAUUGUCCCACCCCCCAGCCAUCGCUUUCCCCUCUCGUGUGCAGGCGUGCUCCUACUACCUUUGAGGCGCCUCAAAAGGCUCCUCAAGAGGCGCCUCAAAAGGCAGGCGCCUCAAAACUGCGGUCAAUGGAGGCGCGCUCCUACUACCCCGCUGUGUCCAGGGGGUCUUAUAGCGUGAGUGGCCGGGAGGUGGCGAUGUGUGGGACAGAUCAUGCAUGUGGAGGGGCAUUUUGGGGGCAUGGGUGUCCGGGGGAGCGACUGAUGGUGCUGAUGACAGUGCAUUAUGACUCGGAUGUGCCAGUGCAGUACGGCUCAUGGGAGGAGUAUGAUUUCAUGCGCCCGCCAGUCGUGAUGACAGUGCACUACGACUCGGAUGUGCCAGUGCAAUACGGCUCAUGGGAGGAGUAUGACAUCAUGCGGCCGCCUGUCCCCAAGACAGCUCUCCUCCUCUUCCUUGUCUCUCCCUUGUCAAUCCCUGUGCAUUACGACUCAGACGUGCCAGUGCAGUACGGGUCGUGGGAGGAGUAUGACAUCAUGCGACCCCCAGUCCCCAAGACAGCAGACGCCAUUGCUGCUGCGUUCAUCAGCAACUGUGCUGCCAACAACUUCCGACUCAAGGUGGGAAAAGGGGAUGGGGGGAUGAGCAUGGUGCACAUGGUGAGGGCACAAGGGGAGAGAGAGGAGGGGAGAGGCAGCAGACGCCAUCGCCGCCAACAACGUCAGACUCAAGAUGGGGCGAGAAGGGGGAUGGAGGGGGUGGAGGCAGUGGAGGAGCUGCAGAAGUUCUUCCCUGUGCACUCGUAUGGCCGCUGCCUCAACAACCGGCCGUUCGAGCAUGAUAAGUUGGCAGUGAUCCAACGUUACAAGUUCUCCCUCGCCUUUGAGAACUCCUGUGAACCGGACUACAUCACUGAGAAGUUCUGGCAGUCCCUCGUGGCCGGUGACAAGAAGAGCGGUUCUGGCAGUCCCUUGUUGCCGGGUCCGUUUCCUGUGGUGGUGGGUCCGCCCAACAUUGCCGAUUUCGUGCCGGACAACACCUCCUUCCUCUACAUUCAGGGAGGCAGUCCCAACACUGCUGACUCUGUGCCGCCCAACACCGCAGACUUUGUGCCGGACAACAGCUCGUUCCUCUACAUUCAGAGCGAGGAGGACGUUCCCAGGGUGGCGCGGCAGAUGCAGGCCAUAGCAGCAGACGAGGACGCGUACAACAAGAUGCUUGAGUGGAAGCGAUCUGGGCCGUCGGAUCAGUUCAUCGCCAACGUGGAUCUGUCGGCUGUGCACUCCUCCUGCCGCCUCUGUGUGCUUCUGGCCGACCGCAUCCGCACGCAAGAAAUCGCUGCCUCGCGCAAGCCACGGCCAUGCAGUCCAGAGCUUCUGCCUUCGCUUCCCCUGCAAUACCAUGUUUCUGUCCUUGCUGCCGCCCUCCCUCUUACCCCCUCCCCCGUCCUCCCUCCUCCCUCUUCCCCUCUUCUUGUUGCUUAUGCUGACACCUGCUACGCGGAUUUUCUGCUCAACUGGGCGGUGUAUGCGGGCGAGCUGGGGUACGGGCGGAGUUUCCUUGUGUUUGCGGAAGACAGGGAGACAUUUGAUCUGCUGAGAGAGAGAUUUCCGAGACAGGUGGUGAGAUGGCACGUGCCGGAGAUAGAGCAGGCGGGAGAGGAGGAGCUGAAGGCAGCAGGACUGGUGGAGGAGAUUGUCGUCUUCCAUGCCUCCAGGUAG